UGCGGCUCAAGCUGUUUUCCCUGCUUUUUAUGUGUUUUCCCUGCUUCUUCCAUAUUAUUACAAGAGAUCUUGCAGCUCAAGCUUGCUCCUUUUUAACUUCUGCACAAAUGGGAUCUACAAUCAGGGGUGUUCAUAAAAAUCAAGGAAAUUUCAGAGCUUGCAAAGGGCUGCAAAUUGAAUAUCUAGCCUUUCUUGUUUAGAUCUCAAUUGUAGUCAUGGGAGGCCAUGUAAGCAAAAAGCCAGCUGAAGCAUCUUCAACAAUUAAUCUAAACAGCAACCUACAAUAUACAACUGAAUUGAGCUCAUAUGAGGCUGCCUGCAGACUUGAUGAAGACUUGCAAUCAUUUGACACGACUCUCCAAGUUCGUACCAAUCAUGUUUUAAAUACUCUUGCUGGUGGUGUUGAAGUUCGAGCUCUUUCAUUCGAUUCCUUGAAAGAAGUAACUGAAUGCCUGUUGGAAAUGAAUCAAGAAGUUGUUAGGGUUAUAUUGGAAUGCAAGAAAGACAUAUGGAAGAAUCAAGAAUUGUUUGAACUGGUAGAGGAAUACUUUGAGAAUAGUUUGCAAACUCUGGAUUUCUGUACUGCAUUGGAGAAGUGUUUAAAGCGAGCCCGUGAUAGCCAGUUGUUUAUAAUCGUGGCACUUCAACAGUUUGAAGAGGAAACUGAAGCUGGAGGGGAUCGGUAUGUUAAAACAUUGGAGGGAUUGAAGAAUUUCAAGGCAUCAGGGGAUCCUUUCACUGAAGAAUUUUUUCAGAUCUUUCAAUCUGUGUACAGGCAACAGAUCUUAAUGCUUGAGAAGCUGCAAUUUAGGAAGAACAAACUUGACAAGAAACUGAAAUAUAUUCAUGCAUGGAGGAAGGUUUCAAGUAUGAUAUUUGUGGCCACUUUUGCUUCUGUGUUGAUUUGCUCAGUUGUGGCAGCAGCUAUGGCUGCUCCUCCUGUUGCAGCUGCUCUUGCUGCUGCAGCAUCCAUCCCAUUAGGCUCAAUGGGGAAAUGGAUUGAUUCACUGUGGAAGAACUAUGAGAAUGCUUUGAAGGGACAGAAAGAGUUGAUUAGAACAAUGCAGGCGGGUUCUUACAUUGCUAUAAAAGAUCUGGACAACAUUCGAGUUCUGGUCGACCGAUUGGAGAUUGACAUUGAAGCACUGAUGAUAAAUGCAGAAUUUGCAAUUGAGGAAGAAGCAGUGAAGGUUGCAAUAGAAGAGAUUAAGAAGAAGCUGGAAGUGUUCAUGAAAAAUGUUGAGGAUUUGGGAAUGCAAUCUGAUAUGUGCAGCCGAGAUAUUCGAAGGGCAAGGACUGUAGUUCUGCAGAGGAUCAUCAAGCACCCCAUCAGCUAAUUCUACAGGGUUUCAUUCCAUUACUCUGUUUAGGCAGCAAUAUGAUUAUUGAUUACUAGUGCUAUUAACACAUUUUGCAUGGUUCAGUUAA